AUGAAAGAAGAGGCAAAGGCAGAUCCCUUGAGGGUCUUGGUCCUCCAUGGCUCGAUGAGGAAACGCUCCUAUUCUCGGUUGUUGGCUCUGGAAUUCGCAAGGAUUUUGGAGUUCAUAGGCGCAGACGUCAGGUUCUUCGAUCCAGAAGGCCUGCCCAUCAAAGAUGACGUGUCUGAGGGACAUGAAAAGGUGAAGGAGCUGCGUGGGUUGAGUGAGUGGUCGGAGGCGCACGUGUGGGUGUGCCCGGAGCAGCACGGCACAAUCACGGCCGUGUUCAAGAACCAGAUCGACUGGAUCCCCCUCUCGCUCGGCUCUGUGCGGCCAUCCCAGGGCCGCACCCUCGCCAUUGCACAGGUGAACGGCGGCUCGCAGAGUUUUAACACAGUGAACACGCUGCGGGUGCUGGGCCGCUGGAUGCGAAUGAUCACCAUCCCCAACCAGUCCUCCGUGCCCAAGGCCUGGACCGAGUUCCAUGACGACGGCCGCAUGAAGGCCAGGAGCUACAGGGACAGGGUGGUUGACGUGGCAGAGGAGCUGUACAAGUUUUCCAUGCUGCUGCGCGGGCGCUCGGACUUCCUGGUCGACCGCUACAGCGAGCGCAAGGAGAAGCUCGAGAAGGGGCGCCUGCUCAGCCAGGCAGAAAAGGAGGCCGCCAAAAAGAAGGACGUUGCCGCCACCGGCUGAGCCCAUGCCGAGGAAAUUCAAAGGGGCCAGUCUCGAAUCGGUCUCAAAAUUCCCAGACAGAGGACGCAAUGGGGUGAAGUGGAGAGCAGCCAUGUUGGCGCUGUGGAGAAGGCACGCCUCAUUUUAAUCGAUGAAGAAGGAUGUGCCAGAGUGUUCGGUCACGGUGAGAAUUGUGCAGGUUGAGACUACAGGGACAAUCUCCGUAGAGCACUGAUAAUCUUAUUGUUGGGACAGACAUAUGAAGUAGGCACUGUGGAAUUCGUUGCUAGUACAUGCCGCACGUGAUGUGUUGGUAAGCAAUUGAUUAGAAGCGUUUCCCAAUAAGGAGCGUCUUGCUAUGGUAACCAUUUUU